GUGAAGAUCUUCUCCGAUCCAACCAGGCGGCAGGCGGGCGGCGGGCCCCACCGGCGACGGAGCCAGACAAACACACAGAUAAAUUUUUUUUUUUUUAAAUUUUUAAAUUUUAAUUCUCUUCUUUUCUAAAUCCCUGAAGGAUGUGGGAGAUCCAGCUAUCUUUUUUGUGAUUAUCCAUUCUUUUACACGAAUUUCUCAACUGCAAUCGCAGUUAAGGAUGGGGCUUAUUUCAAGAAAAAUUCUGCCUGUAUGUGGGAGGGUGUUAUUCCUAUGCCCUUCAUUGCGAUCGAGGUCUAGGCAGCCAGUGAAACGCUACAAGAAAAUUUUAUAUGAAAUUUUCCCCCGGUCACAGGAUGAGGAGCCUAAUGAUAGAAAGAUUGCCAAACUUUGUGAAUAUGCCUCAAAAAACCCAUUGCGCAUUCCAAAGAUUACAGAUUAUCUGGAGCAAAGAUGCUACAAGGAACUGAGAACUGAGCGCUUUGGCUUUGCAAAAAUAGUCAUGCGUAUUUAUCGGAAAUUGUUAAUUUCAUGCAGAGAGCAAAUGCCAUUGUUUGCAAGUAGCUUGCUGAGCAUCAUACACACACUCUUGGAUCAAACAAGACAUGAUGAGCUACGUAUAGUAGGAUGCCAUACUCUUUUUGACUUUGUAAAUUGUCAGGUAGGCCUUUUUUUUCUGAUGGAUGGUACAUACAUGUUCAAUCUGGAAAGCCUGAUUCCUAGACUCUGUCAACUUGCUCAAGAAAUUGGAAAGGAUGAAAAGAUGAAUAAAAUGCGUGCAGCUGGGUUACAGGCUCUUUCUUCUAUGAUUUGGUUUAUGGGUGAAUACUCCCAUAUUUCGACAGAGCUUGACAAUAUUGUUUCAGUUGUUAUGGAGAACUACGAAAACCUUCAAAAGAAGCCAGAAUAUCUCGACAACCCACCUACCCAGAACAGUUGGGUGCAUGAAGUCUGUAAAGCUGAGGGUCAUGUAUCACCCUCACCAAUUUGCAUAACAAGAAUUCCAUCCUGGAAACACAUUUUAAAAGAUGAAGUAAAUCUCACUUUUGAAGAAGCCUGGAAUCCUAAUUUUUGGUCAAAAGUUUGUAUGCGUAAUAUGGCUGACCUUGCAAAAGAGGCAACUACUGUACGGCGUGUUUUGGAGUCUUUAUUUCGGUAUUUUGAUAGUAACAACUGGUGGUCACCUCAGCAUGGGCUUGCUUUACAAGUUUUACUUGAUCUGGAAUUGUUAAUGGAAAAAUCUGGGCAAAACAAUCAUUUGCUGAUAUCCACUUUGAUCAAGCAUCUCGAUCAGAAGGCUGUGUUGAAACAACCUGAUAUGCAGCUAAACAUUGUUGAAGUUACCACUAGCCUUGUUAAACACUCCAGAUCUCAGACAUCUGUUGCACUAGUGACCUCAAUAAGCGAUCUUGUGAGACAUUUGAGGAGAACCAUGCAAUGUGCUCUUUGCAACGUAGACUUGGGGGAUGACAUCAUUAAGCGGAACAAUGAAUUUCGUGCAGCAUUAGAUGAUUGUCUAGUUCUGUUAUGUAAGAAGGUUGGUGAUGCAGGUCCUGUUCUUGACAUGAUGGCUGUGAUGUUAGAAAACAUCACAUCUACAAUUUCUGUUGCUAGGUCAACAGUUUCUGCAGUUUAUCGUACAGCUCAGAUAAUUGCGUCUGUACCAAAUCUAUCAUACCAGAAUAAGGCAUUUCCAGAAGCAUUGUUUCAUCAAUUGCUCAAAGCAAUGGUUCACCCAGAUCGUGAAACACGUGUGGGAGCACACCGCAUCUUUUCUGUGGUUCUUGUACCAUCUUCUGUGUGUCCUUGUCCUUGCUCAACUGCUCCAGAAUCAGUAAAGAUAUCUGAUCUUCAAAGGACUCUCUCGAGGACUGUAUCUGUCUUUUCAUCUUCAGCUGCCCUUUUCGAAAAGUUAAAAAGGGACAAGUUUUCAUUCAGGGAAAAUGGUUUUCAGGAUGGUCUGGAUAACAUUACUCACAAUAUUGACGGGCAACAAAGCUGCACUAAUGAUGCAAAACUUUAUCGAUUCCAGUCUUCUAAAAGUAGAAUGUAUAGCAUGAAAAGCUCUUCUCUACCUUCAGCUGUGGACAAAUGCUCUUCAGACAGUUCACCCAAAAUUAUGGAACCGAUUCCCCUAAGGCUGAGCAAUCGUCAGAUUAUGCUUUUACUUUCAUCAAUAUUUGCUCAGGCAAUCUUUCCCGAAAAUACUCCUGAAAACUAUGAGGCUAUUGCUCACACGUUCAGCCUUCUGUUGUUGUUUUCUCGAGCAAAGACCUCAGUUAGUGAUGCUCUUGCUCGAAGUUUUCAGCUUGCAUUUUCCUUGAGGAGUAUUUCACUUGGAAGUGGUCCAUUGCCGCCAUCACGCCGCCGAUCUCUCUUUAUGCUGGCAACAUCUAUGAUCAUAUUUUGUUCCAAAGCUUUCAAUGUUGCACCUCUUAUUCCAAUUGCGAAGUUAUCACUCAAUGAAAAGACAGUUGAUCCAUUUCUUCAUCUAGCUGAUGAUAACAGGCUACAAGCUAUGAAAAUUGAAAGAGUUUAUGGAUCAAAAGCUGAUGACACUGAUGCUCUAGAAUCCCUUUCAGCAGCAGUUGAAAUGACAGAUAAUCAAGCAAGAGAAGCCAUGGUGAAUGUGAUUUUGAACUGCGUAGGAGAUUUACUAGAUCUUGGCACAUCCCUGCAGUCAGAUUUAUCUGUCAUGAGAAGGCAAUUACUCGAUGACUUUGUCCCUGAAGAUGAGUUUGUUGAAUCAUCCAGGCAGAUCUCACUUGCUUAUCAAAAUGACCAUAAAUCUCAACUAGGGGUGGCAUCUGGAACCCCAUUGGUGGAUGAUGAUCUCCUGCUUGAAGUAUUUGAAAGUGUUGCGGAUCCCGAAUCUCAACCACUCAUAGGCACAUCCAAUCUGUUGAGUGUCAAUCAACUUCUAGAAUCUGUUGUGGAGACUACCUACCACACCGGGAGAUUUUCAGUGUCAAUGACGCCUGAUGUACCAUUCAAAGAAAUGGCCAGUCAUUGUGAGGCUCUUCUGAUGGGUAAACAACAGAAAAUGUCUGCUUUUUUGAGUGCGCAGCAAAAGCAGGAAUGGUUUCUGGCUGGCCUUCCACAAGAUCCAGCUGAAGACAAGCAGUCGUUUUAUUUGCAAGCACACCAAUUCAACAUGACGCAGUCCGGCAAUCCUUUUCUCAAUCAUAAUCAGAAUGCCUAUACAAAUGCAUUCCAUAAUGCGCCACCAAUGUUCAGCUCCUCGGCUCAGAAUCACCACUCUGAGCAUUUUAGGCUGCCGGCAACGAGCCCUUACGACAAUUUUCUGAAAGCUGCCGGCUGCUGAGGCGGCUUUGCAACUUCAGACAGUAACUGCUUUAAGCUGGAAAAGUUCAGCAAUUUGUUGUUUGUUGACAGCAAAAGAUCAUAGACUAGUAUAACAUUUCAUUUACCAUCCUCUCCAUUCUUUGAUUUAAUUGUUUGUUGUGAAAUGCCUUUCAGUUAGUAGUAUUCAUGUACACAAUCAAUUAUCAAGCCCUUCAUUUCAGCACAUAUACAAUAACAUUGUAAUGAA